UUCCUCCCGGCGUUCCUCGCGUCGAGAAGGAGCCAAGCGGGCUCGAGACCGACAGGACCAGCUUUCGUCGCCGUCGCCGCUGCCGCUGCCGCUGCUGCCACUUGAGAGAAGCCGUCGCGGCCACCCCUGCCGCUCCCGCCGGCCACCAUGUCCGCCCAGGCGCAGAUGCGGGCCCUGCUGGACCAGCUCAUGGGCACGGCCCGGGACGGUUCAGUGUAUCUUUGCCUGCCUACAUCAAUCUGCAAGGGAGUUGCAGAAAAGCCUCAUGUUCAUCGAGCCGUGAGUCACAACCAAUUUUUAAGCUGUUAUAACAAAAAAGUGUUUGCUUUUUUUCACAAGUAACUUUAAAAGUGUAGUUUAGAAAGAAAACAUUUUCAAUAAAAAGACACUACAUUAAUCCUGGAUGCUUGCAAAUCCUGAAAUAUAUUCCUCCUUUAGUUUUACACAGCUCUGUGUCAUAUACACAGAUUAGCUUUAAAAUCUGUCACAUUCCACUUUGCCUUUACUUUUAUGUAUCAUUCCCCUGACUUCCUUACUGCAGGUUGGGCAAGAAAACUUUUCCUUUAAAACUUUUCAACAGCGGGCAUAAAAUUCUGCAGCUGAGGUCUUGAAGAAUGCAGAUGGGUACAGUAUUGUUGGAACUCACAGUGUGUAUUGACUAACCUGGUUCCUUUUUUGCUUUUUCUCCCUUGGUAUUGUCUUGUUAAAAGUGACUUCCAGGUGCCAACUCUUUUUUUUUAAGGGUGGGGGUUAAAGGGGGAGAGGUAGACUAAGUCUAGCUUAUUUAUCAGUCAGUAAUAGAAAGGGAAAGCUUUCUUCAUAUAAUUCUGGGCAAAAUAUUGCCUAUACAUUUGUCUGUAGCAAAAUGAUUAGUAAGAAGCUUUUGUUGGAAACUACCAGCUUUUAAGUCAUACGUGGUGAUUCAUGGCCCUCUGAUUAGCAUGGGUUUUGGUAUCUCAUGGCCCACAUGUAUGUGUGGGGCUAAUGGCCUUUUGGUGCUCAACAUUUUACUUCUGACUCUUUGAUCUCUUUGGCACAAUGACGGAGUCAGAUCUCAUUAAGCGUCAUUCUUCAUGAUAUACCUAGCAUCAAAAAUCAUCUGUGUUUUGUUCCAGUUGUAAAAAAAAAAAAACACAAAAAACCGUCUAGGUCAGCUUUUCAGAGUAUUUGGUAGUCUGCAGAUCAUCCAGGUGAAUUGUACCAGAUAUGCUUUUGUGCUUAAUGUGAUAAUAUUGUCUUAUUUAAAACCACACAUGAAUUUCAGGAGACGAAACCAGACAGAGGGUCAAGUUUACAGAUGAUCGUGUCUGCAAGAGUCACCUUCUGGACUGCUGCCCCCACGACAUUCUGGCUGGGACGCGCAUGGACUUAGGAGAAUGUACCAAAAUCCACGACUUGGCCCUCCGAGCAGAUUAUGAGAUUGCAAGUAAAGAAAGGGACCUCUUUUUUGAGUUGGAUGCGAUGGAUCACUUGGAGUCCUUCAUCGCUGAGUGUGAUCGGAGAACGGAGCUUGCCAAGAAACGGCUGGCAGAGACCCAGGAGGAGAUCAGUGCAGAAGUUUCUGCAAAGGCAGAAAAAGUACAUGAAUUGAAUGAAGAAAUAGGAAAGCUUCUUGCUAAAGCUGAGCAGCUGGGAGCUGAAGGAAAUGUGGAUGAAUCACAGAAGAUUCUCAUGGAAGUGGAGAAAGUCCGUGCAAAGAAAAAAGAAGCUGAGGAAGAAUACAGAAAUUCCAUGCCUGCGUCCAGUUUUCAGCAACAGAAGCUUCGUGUCUGUGAGGUCUGUUCGGCCUACCUUGGCCUCCAUGACAAUGACCGUCGUCUUGCAGACCACUUCGGGGGCAAGUUACACUUGGGAUUCAUUCAGAUCCGUGAGAAGCUCGAUCAGUUAAGGAAAACCGUGGCUGAGAAACAGGAGAAGAGAAAUCAGGAUCGGCUGAGGAGGCGAGAGGAGAGAGAGCGGGAGGAACGGCUGAGCAGAAGGUCUGGAUCAAGAACAAGAGAUCGCAGGAGGUCACGCUCCCGGGACCGACGUCGCAGGCGGUCGAGGUCUACUUCUAGAGAGCGGCGGAAGUCGUCCCGCUCCCGGUCCCGGGACAGACACCGGCGCCACCGAAGUCGCUCCCGGAGCCACAGCCGUGGCCAUCGCCGGGCAUCCAGGGACCGGAGCUCGAAAUACAAGUUCUCCCGAGAGCGGACUUCCAGGGAGGAGUCCUGGGAGCGCGGGCGGAGUGAGCGGGGGGCCACCGACUGGAGGCUUGAGAGUGCCAACGGGAAGGCUGCAUCGCGGAGGUCAGAGGAGAAGGAGGCCGGCGAGAUCUGAGCCCACGCCCAGGCGCUGUAAAUAGUCCGAUCCGCGUUUGACACGGCCUCACGUUACCCUUUCUAUUUGCGGAAUACAGCUCAUCUUUUGUAGUUUAACAUUUCUAUUGUUUUGGAGCUAGCUGUAAGUUUCUAGAGGUGUACAGAGUUGCUCCUGUGUUCUGGGUUAUGUCGAGUGGGAAUAAACAACCUGACAGACUGCC